UCCCGCCGGCGAUCCGCCCGCCCCUCCUUCCUCCGGCCGGUCCCCGUCCCCGUCCCCCACAGGUGCCAUCCGCCGCCAUCCGCGCCCUCGACCCCCCCAUCCCCAGGUGAGGGGGGUGAGUUCGGGAAGCGGAGACCCCGAGGCACCCAGCAGGGUCACCAUUUGCAGCGCGACAUGGCAGGAGCUGGAGGAGGGAAUGAUAUUCAGUGGUGUUUUUCUCAGGUGAAAGGAGCAGUAGAUGAUGAUGUAGCAGAAGCAGAUAUAAUUUCUACAGUAGAAUUUAAUCAUUCUGGAGAAUUACUAGCAACAGGAGAUAAAGGUGGUAGAGUUGUCAUCUUUCAACAGGAGCAGGAGAACAAAAUCCAGUCUCAUAGCAGAGGAGAAUAUAAUGUUUACAGCACCUUCCAGAGCCAUGAACCAGAAUUUGACUACUUGAAAAGUUUAGAAAUAGAAGAAAAGAUCAACAAAAUUAGAUGGUUACCCCAGAAAAAUGCUGCUCAGUUUUUAUUGUCUACCAAUGAUAAAACAAUAAAAUUAUGGAAAAUCAGUGAAAGGGACAAAAGACCAGAAGGGUAUAACUUGAAAGAAGAGGAUGGAAGGUAUAGAGAUCCUACUACAGUUACUACACUACGAGUGCCAGUCUUCAGGCCCAUGGACCUAAUGGUAGAGGCCAGUCCUCGAAGAAUAUUUGCCAAUGCUCAUACAUACCACAUCAACUCCAUUUCUAUCAAUAGUGAUUAUGAAACUUACUUAUCUGCAGAUGAUUUGCGGAUUAAUCUUUGGCACCUGGAAAUUACAGACAGGAGUUUUAAUAUUGUGGAUAUCAAACCUGCCAACAUGGAAGAGCUCACAGAAGUGAUCACAGCUGCAGAAUUCCAUCCCAACAGCUGUAACACGUUUGUGUACAGCAGCAGUAAAGGAACCAUUCGGCUCUGUGACAUGAGGGCGUCGGCCCUCUGUGAUAGGCACUCUAAACUGUUUGAAGAACCUGAAGACCCCAGUAACCGGUCUUUUUUUUCCGAAAUCAUCUCCUCUAUUUCUGAUGUAAAAUUCAGCCAUAGUGGUCGCUAUAUGAUGACUAGAGAUUAUUUGUCAGUCAAAAUUUGGGAUUUAAAUAUGGAAAACAGGCCUGUGGAAACAUACCAGGUGCAUGAAUACCUCAGAAGUAAACUUUGUUCACUGUAUGAAAAUGACUGCAUAUUUGACAAAUUUGAAUGUUGUUGGAAUGGAUCUGACAGUGUUGUCAUGACUGGAUCUUACAAUAAUUUCUUCAGAAUGUUCGACAGGAACACAAAGCGAGAUAUAACCCUAGAAGCAUCACGAGAAAACAAUAAGCCUCGCACGGUUUUGAAGCCACGCAAAGUCUGUGCAAGCGGCAAGCGAAAGAAAGAUGAAAUAAGUGUUGACAGCCUAGAUUUCAACAAGAAAAUCCUUCAUACAGCCUGGCACCCCAAGGAAAACAUCAUUGCUGUAGCUACUACAAACAAUCUGUAUAUAUUUCAAGACAAAGUGAAUUAGAGGUGGCAUUCCUAGCAGAAGAGCCCACUUCCUCCUUAGUUGAGAUAGUUGAAUCUAGCAUUCAUACUUAUAAGAGAGAGGUCCAUGCGGCACCCCUUCCAGUGUUUGACAGUGUGCCAUUCGACAACACAUGUUUGUAGCUACAUGGAGAAAGCUCUGUGGUUUCCUCACUGUGUUCUCCAUGUCUGCUAGCCAUUUAGGUAAGGGUAGGGCACUUUUAAUUUAAAUGACUUCUUGCACCAUCUUGCCUAAUGGACUAGAUUGGACUGUGUCAACAUUGAUUUACUCCACUUUUUAUGCCUUCCAUUGUGAUGACGUCAAACACAGUGAACGCCUUCAGUCAUGCUAUGGGAUUUAAUUGUGUAUCCUCAUUACUGUAUCAUUUGUGGGGUACACCCCUUCCCCUUUUUUAAAUUAAAUACAGCUCAUUCUUACUGUGGCUUGUAGCAUUCCUCCUCUCUGGCCUCCUGGACUGUCCCCCUCAUCUCUCUUACCCUUGCCCCUUCCACCCAGUCUUGGUGGUGGUAUAUUAUGAAAAACAAACGAAAGCACACAAAAUGAGUGAGUUUGGGGUCAGUGGUAAAGGGGGUGUAUGUUGCGAACAAAUGUUUAAUAACAGUUGGCUGUAAUCCUUGCCAUGUCUGGCAAUGAAAAUAAGGAAAAAAAAACUACUACUGAAUAAAAGUGACAAAGAAUGGAGAA